AUGACAUCAUCUGAUUGUCUAUCCUCGAAUAAUCAUCACUCCCGUUUAUCAUCUAUAUCACGUUUAAAUUUAUCUGUACCAGCACCUAAUAAUACAAAUACUGACUCGAAAAAUCCUUCAUCUUGUACAACAACUCCAACAUCAGUCUCACCAAAUACUUUUUAUACACCAACGUCAUCUACUCAACCUCGUUUUCCUCAACCGAAUAUGUUUGCUUUUCCAAGGCAACCUCCACCUCAAGCACCAAUAUUAACAAGAAGAAAUAUACAUUUUAAACCUCCAGAACAAGAUGUUCUUGAUAAGAAUUUUUUUCGUACAUUCAAUAUGGAACAAAAAGACGAGACAUUACUGAAUAAACACUUAGACAAAGUUAAUCCUAUAGGUACAGCAUCAACGAGUCGAAUACAUAUCGAAGGUCCAAAUCUAAUUGAUAUGGGAAUAGAUCCUCCUUCAACUGAGUUAUUAUCAUCUGGUAAUGUAUUUGAAUUAUUUGAUCCAUUAAAACAAUCUAAUCGACCACAUUCAUGGCCAACGAAAUUAAAUGAAGCUGGAAUAAAUACUCCUACUACUACUACACCGCCUUUUGUUACACCAACAGGUGAACCAUCACCAGUAUCAGCAAAAAUACCAUCAAUAUCUUCUCUUUCAUAUCCAUAUCCAGUUAAAUUACGAUUAAAAUUAACAACAUUUCCCGAAAUAAAAUCAUUUAGUCAUCUCGCUCAACAAAUUCGAAACGAAAAUCAAAUAAAACAGACAACAAUAGAUGAAAUAUUUUAUUGUACACGUGUUCAACGUUUAACUCCACAACAUAUUGAACAAAAACAAUUACCUGUUACAUUACAUAUAUUUGUUGAUGGUGCCAAAGAACCAAUACGUUUAACAAAUAUAAGUUUACAAUCAACAGUAUCACAUAUAUUAUAUCAAUUACUUGAAUUAACACCAUUUGAUUAUGAUAAAUCCAUACUUAAAUUACGUUCACGUGAAGAAUAUUUACGUAAUGAAGAUGUUUUAUGUGAUAUUGAAUAUGUUUAUAAUUGUAUUAAUUCAUUAAAACAAUUACAAUUUGUUCUUGUACAAAAACCAACAUAUGCCUUACAACAAAAUCAACAACAAAUAAAUAAUAUUAGUUUUGAACAAUUUUGUUUAGAUCAACAAGGAAAAACUUUUAAUACAUUAACAUCAUCACUUGAUAUACCAAAUGGAUCAGCUACAGUUAAAAAAUCUAGAUCACCACAUCGAUUAUCUCAUGUUCAUCGAACAAAAUCUUUAAACGUAAACAAACAAGCGACAUACUCACAUCAAGCUCAUAUAGCUCAUUCAUCAAAUGCACCAUUUCUUGCUUCUGAUCCUCGUUGGCUCGUUGAAUUUCGAAAAGAUAUUAAUUUAAUACUUUCACAAAUUGAACAACGUUUUAAUCGUCUUGUUAUAUCUCAUCAACCACAAUUAUCUAUAAGUGAACAAAUCAAAACAAUUAAUGAAUUAUUAGGUUUUAUUAAAAAUAUUCAAGUUACUUGUUCCUAUAUUCAAUCAUCAUUAAUUGUUGAAAAAGAACGUGAAUUAAAAAUUUAUGCAGAUCAAUUAAUAAAAAAAUCACAAUUUGAACGUGAUCAACAACAAUCACCACAAAUACAACAGAGUUUAACACGAUUACUUUAUGAUUUACUUGUUACACUUGUUAAUUAUAUACGAACAUAUUGUCAUGCAUAUCUUAUUCCUUAUGAAGUAGAAAUAUAUAAUGAUGAAAAUGGUAUUAUUGAUUUAGAACUAUUAAAAUAUCCGCCGACAACAAAAGAUCUGGUUCCACGUCCAAUAACAGAGUCAUCGGAAUUAUUUAGUGUUUAUAUUGAUAGUAUAUUUUCUUUACGAUUUGAAUCAAAUAUAAAAAGUAUUCGUAUUGUUACUCGUCUUUGUUAUGGAAAUGAAACUAAAGCACGAAAAAUGACUGAAUCAAUGUCAUUUAUACGUCAUCAUCACCAUAGUGAAAAUGUUGCACUUAAGCCACAAGUUCGUUUUAAUCAAUGGAUUUUAUUUGAUGAUGCACGUCUUUGUGAAUUACAACGUGAAGCACUUCUUCUAUUUGAAAUUUAUGCAACUUUUAAUGAUGAAAUUGAUUCUUCAUCUUCACCAGCAUUAUCUCAUGAAGUAUUCGAUGGUAUUCCAAUGUAUCUUAUUGGAUGGUGUUCUCAAGCAUUAUUUGAUAGUGAACAUUGUCUUCUAACUGGUGAACGUUAUUUAGGUAUAUUUAAUGCACCAAAAACAAAUCGUACAGGUUUUUAUUCAUUGAGAAAUGUUUUCGAACGUGAUUGUUCAAUAUUAUGUGUUUCAUUUCUUGAUCAAUCAUUUAUCUGGCCAGAUAUUCAAGCUAGAAAUGAUAUACAUGGAGGAAAUUUUACUGAAAUAAGUCGUGAUAAACAAGAAAAUUUAUGUCGAUUACUUAAACGACCAACUUUAUUAUUAGUUGAUCAUAGUGCUAUGGCUGGAAAUGAUAAUCGAAAGCAACAAUUCUCAUUGAACAUGACCGAUGAAGAACGUGAAUUUUCCGAAGAUGAAUGUCAUUUUCUUUGGUCUCAUCGUCAUUUUAUCGUUCAUAAAUCAUAUGCAUUACCAAAAUUACUUAAAUCUCGUUCUGUAUGGGAUUAUCCAAGUUUAAUUGAUAUUUAUGCACUUCUCAAUGAAGUAACACGUGAUCGUACAAUCGAUGAAAUUGAAGCAUUUGAACUUUUACUUCCAGCAUUUCCUGAUAUGCAUAUACGUUCAUUUGCCUAUCAAUCAUUAAUAACACAUUUAACAACACAUGAUCUUCUAAUAUAUUUACCACAGUUAUUACAAAUAAUUAAAUAUGAUUAUAGUCAUUCAUCAAUUCUAAUUGAAUAUUUACUUAAACAAUCAUUAAUUGAUCAUCGUUUAGCACAUAAAUUAUAUUGGCAUUUAAGACAAUUACUUAUAACUGAACAUUUACAUUAUAUACGUUAUUAUUAUUUAUUUUUAUCCUUACUUUAUGUAUUAGAAGAAAAUUUUCGUGUAGAAUUACAAAAUGAAUAUGACUUAUGUUUAAAUUUAAAAAGUAUUGGUUUAAAAUUAAAAACAAAUAAAUCAAAUAGUAAAGGAAAUCUUUUAUUUGAACAAUUAAAAGAAAUGAAUAAUGAAUUUUUUCAAUCGGGUAAAUUAACAUGUCGUUUACCAUGUCAAUUUAAUUUUAUGACAAAUAGUUUGGAUGUAAAUUCAUGUUCAUUUUAUAAUUCAUUAACAGUACCAAUUAAACUUGUAUUUAAUCCUAUUGAUUCAUCAUGUGAAAAAUAUUAUUCAAUAUAUAAAAUAGGAGAUGAUUUACGACAAGAUCAAAUUGUUUUACAAUUAUUUUCAUGUAUGGAUAAAAUAUGGCAAGCAAAUGAUUUAGAUUAUCGUUUAAGUUUAUUUAAUGUUGUACAAACACAAGAACGUUGUGGAUUUAUUGAAAUGAUAACUGAAAGUGAAACAUUAAGAGAAAUUGAAUCACGUUCAGGAACGAUUAAAGGUUCAUUUGGUGAAUCAGCUUUAUAUGAUUGGUUACGUUUACAUAAUACAACGGAAAGAGAAUUUAGUAUUGCCAUUGAAAAUUUAACAUAUUCAUGUGCAGCUUAUUGUGUUGCAACAUAUAUAUUAGGAAUUGGUGAUAGACAUAAUGAUAAUAUUAUGGUUAAACAAUCAGGACAUUUAUUUCAUAUUGAUUUUGGAAAAUAUUUAGGUGAUACACAAAAAUUUGGAUGGUUUAAUCGUGAUCGUGCUCCAUUUGUAUUUACCAAACAAAUGUUAUAUGCCAUGUCUGAUGGUGGUACAUCUAAUGAUGCAUUACAUCGUUUUGUUGAUUUAUGUUGUAAUGCAUUUUGUACAAUACGUCAAAAUUCUUCUUUACUUCUAUUACUUCUAUCUCAUUUAUGUUCAUCAAAUGUAUCGAAUCUUAAUUAUGAUGCUGUCCGAUUUGUUUAUGAUCGUUUAUCACCAUCAACGAAUUAUGCUGAUAGUAUAACAAAUUUUACUGGACUUAUUGUUGAUAGUUUAAAUUCUACAUGGACAACAUUAAAUUUUUUAAUUCAUACAUUUGCACAAACAUCAAGUUUAACUGGUUCAUCGAAUACAAUGCCUAUUGGUACAACAUUAUCAUUUAUACCAAAAACAUAUACCAUAGCUACAGAUGGAAAAAUAAAAGCAGCACAAAUAGUUAGUUAUGAAAAACGAACACAUCCAACGAAACAUUAUAUAUUUAAAUUAAAAGUUGAACGUGAAAUUCUACAUGAUUCUACAAUGAUACAAAGUCAAACUAAUAAACCUUCACGUGUAACAUAUCAUUAUCGUACUUAUAAUGAAUUUUAUGAAUUUUAUGAACGAUUAAAUAAACAAUUUCCAUUAAUUAAUUUGGAAUUGAAAUUUUCUCGACAAACAGAAGAUAAAAUAGUUGCACAAAGACGUGUGAGUGAUAUGAAUGAUUUUCUUGGAAAUUUAUUUCGUUUAACAAGUGAAGUUGUUGAAUCUGAUCUUGUUAUUACAUUUUUUCAUAUGAUUCAACAAGAUCAACAGCUAAAUGAUGCGAAAGAAAAAUCUACUGAUGAUUUUUCAUCUCGUUCAAUUUACGAACCACCCUCCAAUAAUCAUGCAAAAAUUCGUUUACAAUUAAAAUAUGAUAAUGGAAAAUUAUUUGUUAUGGUUCGUUAUGCAAAUAAUUUGCCAUUAAUUAAUAAUAGUGAUCCGAAUCCAUAUUGUAAAUGUUAUCUUUUUCCAGAUGAAUGCAAAUCAACGAAAAGAAAAGGAAGAACUGUAAUGAAUUCACGAAAUCCAAUUUUUAAUGAUACGUUUACAUAUCAAAUGGAUUUAUCGGAAAUUCAAAAACGUCUUCUUCGUGUAAGUGUUUGGAAUAAUGUGUUAACUGCUGGUAAUCAAGUAUUGGGUGAAGUUGAUAUUGUACUUUCUCAAGUUGAUUGGUCAAAAGAAAAUGCUCGUGAUUAUCCAUUAGUAUAUCAUCAUAAUUCAUAA